UUUGCCCUCUGCUCCUUCCCUGCUGCUCAGCUUUCGUUCGCCAGCCUCGGUUGGGCUUUUUUGGGGCUGUUUUUGGUCCUCUUCUGCUCUUUGCAUUUCCACCUGAGCAAAGCCACCAUGAGUCGUAUCUCUUUCAGGUCAUCUACUGGAGGGGGCAUGAGGGGGUUUAGUUCAGGCUCUGCUAUCGUAGGAGGUGGCAGUGGGGCCAGAAGCAGCUUUAGCUCCGUCUCUGUCUCCAGAGUUGGAGGAGGAAGAGCUGGAGGUGGAGGAGGCUUCGGCAGCAGAAGUCUCUAUAACAUGGGGGGAAGCAAAAGGGUCUCCUACAGCUCGGUUGGAGGAGGCCUGCGGAGCGGAGCCGGUGGUGGCUACGGCCUUGGUGGAGGAGCAGGCUUGGGGUUUGGCUAUGGUGCUGCAGCUGCACAUGCCUUUGGCGUAGGAGGAGUCGGUAGCAGCUAUGGGCUGGGCAGUGGAUUCGGGCUGGGAGGUGGUGGCUUCGGGGGUCGAGGUGGCCCUGGGUUCCCUGUGUGCCCCCCCGGCGGCAUCCAGGAGGUGACUGUCAACCAGAGCCUGCUGGCACCCCUCAAGCUGGACAUCGACCCCGAGAUCCAGAAGGUUCGGACCCACGAGAGGGAGCAGAUCAAGACCCUCAACAACAAAUUCGCCUCCUUCAUCGACAAGGUGCGCUUCUUGGAGCAGCAGAACAAAGUGCUGGAGACCAAAUGGAGCCUCCUCCAGGAGCAAGGGCACACAAUCACCAGGAAGUCCCUCGAGCCUCUUUUUGAAAGCUACAUCAACAACCUGAGGAGGCAGCUGGACAGCCUGACUGGGGAGAGGGGAAGGUUGGACACUGAGCUGAGGAACAUGCAGGACAUGGUGGAAGACUUUAAGAACAAAUACGAGGAUGAGAUCAACAGGCGCACCGGGGCCGAGAACGAGUUCGUGGUGCUCAAGAAGGAUGUGGAUGGAGCUUACAUGAACAAGGUGGAGCUGCAGGCCAAAGCAGAUGGGCUGGCAGACGAAAUCAACUUCCUGAGAGCUCUCUACGAAGCGGAGCUGUCCCAGAUGCAGCAGCAAGUGUCUGACACCUCCGUGGUGCUGUCCAUGGACAACAACCGCAACCUGGACCUCAACAGCAUCAUCGCGGAGGUGAAGGCGCAGUACGAGGACAUCGCCAACCGCAGCCGGGCGGAGGCUGAGGCCUGGUACCAGAACAAGUACGAGGAGCUGCAGGUCUCCGCCGGGCGCCAUGGGGACGACCUCCGCAACACCAAGAUGGAGAUCUCCGAGAUCAACAGAGUGGUGCAGAGGCUGCGCAACGAGAUCGAGAGCGUCAAGAAGCAGUGUGCCAACCUCCAAGCUGCCAUCGCCGAGGCAGAGGAGCGCGGGGAGAUGGCCCUCAAGGAUGCCAAGUCCAAGCUGGCAGAGCUGGAGGAUGCCCUGCAGAAGGCCAAGGCUGACCUGGCCAGGCAGCUGCGCGAGUACCAGGAGCUGAUGAACGUCAAACUGGCUCUGGACAUCGAGAUUGCAACCUACAGGAAGCUGCUGGAGGGGGAGGAGAGCAGACUCGCCGGAGAAGGAGUCGGAGCCGUCAGCGUCUCAGUGGUCAGCAGCUCCAGCGGGCUGAGCUACGGCGGCGGCGGCGGCAUGGGCACGGGCAUGGGCAUGAGCAUGGGCGGGGGGCUCGGCAUGGGCGGCGGCGGCGGCGGCUACAGCCUGAGCAGCGGCGGCGGCUUCGGGGGGAGCUCCGCGUUCGGCGGGGGGCUCAGCUACGGAGGAGGCAGCAGCACCUUCAGCUCCGGCAGCAGCCGAGGGGUCAGCUCCAGCACGGGAGGCAGCGUCAGGAUCGUUUCCAAGACCACCACCAGCAAAAAGACCAUCAGAUAAGGGGGGGGUGGCUGCGGGGGUCCUCCCCAGCGCCUGCUCCCUGCCUCGCCGAGGCGAGCGCUGCCCUGCGCUGUAAAUAGCUGCGCUUGAGCUUCUCCUGCCGCCGCCCUGCAGCCGCCCCGGCCCGGGGCAGCGAGGGCGGACAGGACCCCACUGCCACCAUCGGAGCACCAGAGGUUGUGACCGGCCACGGACAGGGCUCUGGAGGGCUGGCAUGGACCCCCUCACCCCCUCCCCACCCCGGGGUGGCUCUCUUUGAGCACAGUCCUUGCUCUUGGGCGUUCUUUCCCCUUCUCUGCUGUCCCCUGGGCUCAGGCACUGAAAGAGAAGUGGGAGCCCUUCAGCGGGGUGGGGGCAGUCACUUUGGUCUCCCCAGUUUGCUCUCAAACGUGGGGGACAACCUGGUGAGACCAAUCCUGGGUCCUCAGCACUGCAAACAUCUCCCAGGUGCCCCCAGAGCCUCUGCCCGGCGCCGUCACAACCUCCCAAACGGUUUGGAUUGCAACCAAAGAGUUUCUUCUCCCCAGCCCCUUCUGUCCCCUCAGGCACCUGUGGGAGAGGUUUUUGCUUCCUUGUUUCUAGCUCCUUGUCCUCACGGCUGCAGCCUCCUCACUUCCAGGCCCUCUCUGGUCCAAUAAAGAGCAUUUCUCAUUUUUAA